CGGUCUGUAAACAAGAGUGAGACCAGUUGUGGACUCCACUGCAGUAAAGUCAGACUCCAGCUAAGGGACAGAUUCCAGCUUAGUGACCGGAGGGUAAAUUCGCCCUGCUCUGUGAAGAUGGGGUGGAUUUCGGUUGUCUUUUUAGCGGCACUGCUCGUCUGUGCCGUUGUGCCAGCUUUCAGUGGUGAGCACUCUCUGUUUUACACCUACACGGCUCUGUCUAAGCCUAUUGAUCUGCCUGGAAUCUACGAGUUCACUGCACUGGGCAUGCUGGAUGACCGAGAACUCGACUACUACAACAGCAAGACACAGGCUAAAAUUCCUAAACAGGACUGGAUGAAAGAGAAGCUGGGACAGGAUUACUGGGAUAAAGGAACUCAGUCUCGCAAGAGCAAAGAGCAGUGGUUUAAGGUCAACGUGGACAUCCUGAUGGAUCGAAUGAGGCACAAUAAGUCUGACCUUCAUGUUCUUCAGUGGAGACAUGGCUGUGUGACUGAAGGUGAAAAUGGAAACAGAAAAUUUGUGAGAGGAAUUGAUGAGUACAGCUAUGAUGGCUCGGAGUUCCUCUCCUUUGAUGAGGAGAACUCCAGGUGGAUUGCUCCAGUUCAGGCUGCUGAACCGACCAAAAAGAAAUGGGAUGAAGUGCCCAUCCUUAACACAUACACCAAGAGUUACCUGGAGAAAGAGUGUGUGGACUGGCUCAUCAAGUUCAUGGACUAUGGACAAGAAGAAAUGAAAAAACAAGCUGAACCAGUUGUUCAUAUAUUUGCAAAGAAAUCAGUAAAGGACCCUAAAAGGUUGACCCUGACCUGCCUGGCCACGGGGUUCUACCCUAAAGAUAUUGAGAUGUAUUUGAGGAAGGGAAAAACGAAUCUACCUGAUCAUCUGGUAGCAACAACAGGAGUCAGACCCAAUGGUGAUGGAACAUACCAGCAGAGGAAGAGUGUGGAGAUCCUGGAGAAUGAGAAAGAACUUUAUGAUUGUUAUGUGAACCACAUCACCCUCAAGAAACCAAUAAUUACUCCACCUGGUGAAGAAAUCCCAUGCCUAGAUUGUUCUGGACCAAUGAUUCAGGGUGUUGUCAUUGGGGGAGUGAUUGGAGUUGUGAUCACGCUGAUUGUGGUUGCAGUUGUUGUCUACAUCCUUAAAAAGAAGGGAAAAAUCCCUUGGAGCCGUAAUGGCAGUUGUGCAACUAUCGGCGCUGUUGCUGUGCCACUUAUGGAACCUGUUCCAGCACCUGCUCCAGGGUCUCUUCCAGUGUCUGCUCUAGUGUCUGUAUCAGUCUCUAAUCCAGCUCCUGCUCCAGCAUCUAAUGAUGCUGAAAAGGAAUCUGACGACUCGAGUAACACUGAUUCUGGAGCAGAUUCCAGCAACGAUGGCUCAAGACAGGGCAGUCAGGACAAUGUGAAUAAGGGAAUCAAAUCGUCACAGCCCCCUGAAUCCAACAGUCCUGAUUCAGGAUGCAGCAGUGACAGUUCAAGACAAGGCAGCCAGGAGAACAUUGAUGAAAAAAGUCCGAUGCUGCAGGACCCAGAUAAUCCAGAUGGAGAGGUGUGAAAUUUACAUAAAUGCUGUGGAAAGAAUGUGAUCUCGCCCAAGUCGGGUCUUUUGGAACAGAUCUUUUUUCAAGUCACUGAUUCAGCCUUCCAUGUAACUGUCCAACCUUCAAAUGUAAUCAUCAACUAAUCAAUCACAAACUUCUCAGACCUCUGUUCACUCAGCUCUGAUGACCACUGAUGGAGUCAGUCAUUUUCCAGGCACUUUGCAAGAAAGCAAGAAAAUCCCAGUAACACUUCAUUCAUAUCCAUCAGCCUCAGAUAAAGAAAAGGAAGAAUAGCAUUAAGUCCUGCUGAGUGCUGUAAAGAAAGUUAAAAAUGUCAGAAUGAAUUGUUUUAAACAAAACAUUCAGUUACAAUCAAAAAUUACAAAUUAAGCAUUAAAUGUAAGUUUAAAGCAUGGCUUAUGAUCUGAAAACUUAUAGAAAGAAGACACAGGAAAAAUCAGCUCUGUUGAAUUGGAUUUAAUUAAAUUUUCACCGACUCUUCCUGACUGAAGGUGAAAACAUACAGAAUAGAAUAGGCUUUGCUUUUUCUGUCAAGCUUAUCAGAACUUCUCUUUUUGCAGUAAUAAAAUUAAAAACUGCUGUUUUUACAUUUUAAUCCAAUCGCAGCAAGCAGCUUGUGUGUUGCUUCUUGAUAACAGACAUGAGAGGUGGCAGUUUUCAUUCAGUACUUUAUUAAGGUUUUAACUUAAAUAGUACUUUAUUAACACUUUAGUACUUUAUUAAAAAUGUUUUAUUUGUACUUGGUAUUGUAUUACUUUUUAUUAAGAUCAGGGCAACACAGGUAUAGUCUCUAGUCUGAUUAACUGUUGUCUUAUUUAACUGUAACUGGUGAAUUUUAUGUAUAAUAUUCUGCCAACAGUAUGGCAAACCUGUGACUUCUUUUGGGGUGACUUCUUUUGAAAAUUAAAGAAAUAAAGGUUUUAUUGUUUAAACCUUA